AUGAGAGUCAAUUUCUUCAUCUUUUUUCAAGAGUUGUUUGUUUUAUUUGUAGUGUACACAUUAUGGAAGAACCCAGAUAUUGUUCCAGUCUUUACAACAUGGCCUCCAGUGUUUGAGAAAAUAUCUGGAGGAGCAGACCUAAUGUUGCCUGGGAUAGUAGUUAAGGGAGAUGUCACCCCCAGAUCAUUAUGGUCUUUGGAGAAAGGUGCCACAUGUGCAAUUAACCUUGCAGGGAACAGAUGUCCUGUAGCCAUUGGGAGAGCAGCCCUGUCCAGUAGUGAUAUGGUGGACUCUGGAAUGAGGGGAAAAGGAGUCAUUGUUAUCCAUUCUUAUCUAGAUCAUUUGUGGGCUGCUGGGGACAAAGGCCAAUUACCUAUUGUACAUGAUGGCUUAGCACCUUCUGAAAAUUUUGAAGAAAAUGGAGAAGCUGAAGAAAUGUCAGAAGAAAAUUCUGAGACAUUUGGAGAAAAAUCAGAAUCUGCUGGAAUAAUAAACACAGACAACAGUUUAUCAGAUUUAACAGAAAAUCAGCUGUCAAUUGAAAAAUCAGACUGUGCAGCAGGUGAAAGAGAUGAUAAUGGCUUAAAUUCAGGAGUAGAAAAUAGCAAUAAUAGAGAGACUGAAGAUGUCACUGUCGAAGAAAGCAAUAUCGAAUGCCAAGAAGAGACAAUCAGUCCAGAAGCCAUGGAUGACCUUUUGGACAUAUGCUUUAUGUGUGCUUUAAAGACACAGGUCAAGAAGAGUGACUUGCCACUGCUUACCAGUAAAUUUUUUAGGAGUUACAUGGUGCCUUUUUGCCCAUCUGGAAGAUUUCUUGAUAUUAAAAAAUCGUCACACAAAAAGCUGUCCAAGUUUCUGCAAAUCAAACAGUCCCAAGGCCUUAUAGAUGUCAAAGACCUAUCCAAGGGGGUGGAGAGCAUUGUUACUAUCCAUAAGGAUAAUCAGAGUCUUAGAGAGUUCAGUGUACCCGAGGGGUUCGCUUUCCAUGAAGAAGUACAAGAUGAGGAGACGAGUGGUGCUAAAGCAUCUUAUCAACCUCCAGAAAUAACUUUGAAGUACUCCGUCCCUCAUAAUUUGGAGAUUUUGUUCAAGCCAAGUGGUUACAAGAAAGACAGCAUCUUAGUUGCAGGUGAGGUGAGAAAAGCUCUUGUGAAAUAUGUCAGUGAUAAUGACCUCCAAGAUAAGGAUAACAAAGGUCGGGUAGUUCUUGACCCAAUCUUGACUGACUGCUUAGUCAGUAAGAAUGACUAUGUCACACAUUUAAGAUGGAAUGAUUUGACAAGCAGUUGUCUGUCAAGGAUGCAUGCGGUCCAUCAGAUUACCUUUCCAGGUCAAAAGCCAGUGUUCAAGAAAGGAGGGAUUCAGCCCAUUAAAAUCAACGUGGCGCAGAGAGCAGGGAAUAAGAAGGUCACCCUGUUGGAAAAUCUGGAAACCUACGGCAUAGAUCCUCAUGAGUUUGCCCACACUGUCCAGAUAGAUGUAGCCUGCAGCACCACGGUCUCCCCACUCCCAGGCAAGAAUAAGGGCAUGCAGGUACUAGUCCAGGGAAAUCAGGUGGCACAUGUUGAAAAGCUUCUAACAGAAAAAUACCAAAUCCCUCAGAAGUUUGUAUCAGGCUUGGAAAAAGCACCAAAAUCUGGAAAGAAAAAGAGAUAAUAAGAUUAGACAAUAUGCAAUCAGAAUACUGCAAAUAGGAUUAUUAAUUGAUACAUGCUUUAAAAUGUGGAGCAAAGAUACUUCAAACAGUGUGACAACAACAUUACAUUCGGAGUGGUGCAGCUGGUUUACUAAACAUUUCUACACAAAUCUCCUGAUACUUCAGGAUCAUUUUGAAAUGGGCUGUGAAUCCAUAAGCCUUUAGCACUUUAAUUAUGUGCAAUAAAUGGUUUUUGAAUCAUUUCAUUUUUUUCUUAAGGGUCCAUUUUUGUUUCAUGAUUUAUGUAAGAAUACAUUACUAAUAUAUGGAAAUAGCAAAAAAAAAAUGCAGCAAAAAGAUGAUCAACAUGCUUAACUACCCUUCUUUUUAAUAGAAAGAAAAUGUGUUAUCUGGUAUUUUAUAUGCUGAUGAUUGUUUAACACUAAAGAUGUAAUGCCAAAUAUUCAACAAAAAUCCUGAAUUGUGAUUGAUUACACAUUGUGACAGAAAUGAUAGUCCUAGAAAUUGAAGUCUGAAGUUUCAUGAUUAGUGCACGUUGGAGGUAGCCAAAGUAUCGCAUGUACCAGUACUAACAAAUGGAAACGGACUACGGUUCCUAGCUUACGACCAUUCCCGUCAUACUGGGUCAGACUUAGACGUUACUGCACCGACACCAGGAGCAUGAUUGUAAACGUUGUGCAUAUAGGUUCAACAGUCAGGAGGUUCGUUGGUCCAUGUUUCUGAAAUUUGUGAUCCGACGUUCAUUAGUCCGAAGGUUCAGUAGUCCGAAGGCUUUAUAGUUGGAAGGUUCUUUGGUCCGACAUUAAAAUGCUUAAACGAAAGAUAAAGUGUAAGAUUUUAAACGUGUGUUCAACUUUUAAGUACAUAUAGCACCACUUGUUGAAUAAUUACGUUUUGGUCAUUUUAACCUAAGUGCCAUAAGUUAAUCUAGCCAAAAAUAAUCUAAUUUAUCUAUACUUGACAAAACUUAGGUGAUCCACGUUGUCACCUACAUGUCAUAACUGAUGUAAUAUAUGAUGAAUGCUACAUAAUUCACUUUGCAAAACCGUUUAUGGGGACGAUGCUUGGGAGAUAUACCAACAUCGGGUCCUUCUCUUUCGCGGGAAUUGAUUGAUUACAUAAUUACUUUCCUCUCAGAUGAUGAAUACGUGUCCAAAAAGCAACACAUGAGCUCUGUUAUAAAAAUGAAGGUAUUUUAUAGACCUCCAAAACAAUUAAA